AUGACCUCCCACGACGUUCGCGACGUUCUCAACCUCACCCCCGAUCACGCCGGCGGCCCGCGCCCGUCAAAAAAACAGCGCACUGCCGCGCCACGACCAAACCUCAAAGGCCUCGCACGCGAAGUCCAAAACCUUGGUGGUGAUAACCCUAUCGCCAUUGUUCCUCAAGUAUCAGUCUUCAAAAAACGGCGCCUCGCCAGUCGCAAACCCGCGGCGCGGUGGGAAUUACAGCCGUUUACAAACUCGGCUCGUGCAGACGACGGGAACCUUAUCCUUCGGCAUUGGAGGAAACCGGCGGUAGAGCAUGGCACCGGGCCGGAGCCUAUACAGGAUGGGGAAACGCGUCCAGUUGAGGAAGGGGUAGACAAGGAUGGGGAGGGACCGAAAACGAAAGAUUCUGAAUUUGCGAAGUUCAACGUCCGGGUUUCAGUGCCGCAAUACAAUGAGGAUCAGUACCGAACGAAUCUGCAGAGUGUCGAAUGGACGAAGGAGGAAACGGACUACUUGUUGGAGCUGGCUACCGACUUCGACUUGCGCUGGGCCAUCAUUUGGGACCGAUACGACUUCGUACCGAAACCGCCACAGGGAGAGGACGCCGACGGCGCCGGCACAGCUGUUGUGCCCGCGCCGAAACCGCGGACAAUGGAGGACUUGAAGGCGAGAUACUACGAAGUGGCAGCGAAAAUGAUGGCGGUUCAAAAGCCGGUGCCGUAUAUGACGCGGCCGGAGUUUGAACUGCACGAAAUGAUGCAAAACUUCAACCCGGAGCAGGAAAGGAAGCGCAAGGAGUUCGCUCUGAACACCAUGGCACGCUCCAAGGACGAAGCCCGUGAGGAAGAGUCUCUCCUUCUUGAGAUCAAGCGGAUUCUCGCGCGGACGGAGCGCUUCAACGAAGAGCGCCGUGAACUCUACAACCGCCUCGACUACCCCGCCACCGACUCGGACAUCAAUUCCUUCAAGAGUUCCGCCGGCCUCCAGGCUCUCCUCCAGAAUCUCAUGUCCACUGAUAAAUCGAAGAAACGCAAGAGCAUUCUGGGCCCAGCAGGGAGCGAUGGCGUCAGCCCCGGUGGUGCGGUUCCGAACAGCGCAGCAUCCGAAGGCCCCGGUGGUCACGCCCGGCGCGAGAGUAUCGCGGCCACCGCCUCGUCUAGCCGACGCGAUUCGGAUGUCCGCGGUGGUGCGGCUGCAGCGACCGCUACCUCAGCGACCACCGCGCGUGCCUCCGCCGAGCCGACACCAACCUCGGCUACAGCACCUGGCGCAAUCGGCAACAAAAAGAAGGGCGGUGCGGCCGCGGCCCAGCCAGAGCGCCGCAAGCUGUCCAGUCAAGAAGAGCAGAUUUACGGCGUGUCGUACCACGACCGCCUCGGCAGCGGGCCCACGUUCCGCUACGAACGUAUCAACAAGCUUUACAGCCACAAGUCUGGCCAGCAACAGCUGCGCAUGACCAAUGCCCUCGCUGAGCUUGACGUACCACCACGCCUGGUCAUGCCGACGGCGAAUGUCACGUCGCAGUUUGAGGUGCUCUGGAGCUCGGUCACCGCGCUUGUUGACAUGCGCAAGCUGAACGAUAAGCUGGAGGGUGAAAUCAAGCUAGAGGAGGCCAAGAAAGCGGAGAGAGAAAAGGCGAAGGGGGUGCUGGGAGAGGGUAGUAAGGGGGGUGGCGGCGGAGGGGAUGAGGGGAAGAAAGAAGGGGGAAAGGAAAUUACAGAGGAGGCGGCGGGUGAGACAGAGAAGGAGAAGGAGAAAGACAGGGAGAAGGCAGGGAAUGCACGACCAGAAAGCAGUGGCAAAGGUGCGCAGAAGCGAAGCGCUAGUGUCCUGAGCGCGACGAGUGAUAAGAGUACGAAGAGGCAGAAGAAGUAG